AAAGUUAGAUUCUAAUUGAAAUUGUAUACCUGAUUAAAAAUAUCUAAAUUGUGGAGUGUGAAUUGGCUGCUAGCCAACUUCUACUGCCCCUCAAACAUGGAUGGUCAUGUUAGCAUUGAAGAUCACUCAGUAGAAGAUGGCAGUAGAACAAGAAAUUCAGGAGCUGCUAAAGAACCUCGAGCUACAAAUCCUUCAGAUAAUGACCCAAGUACCCCGAUGGCAGCUGAGGGGGCUGGUGGCCCCACCCCUCAACCCCCACCUGGUCGCCGUCCCCUCACCGAGGAGGAGAGGGCAGCCAGGCUUGAGCAGCGCAGGCAGAGGGAUCGGGAGCACAUGGAGCGACAACUGGAGGAGGAGGAGGAGCUGGUGCUCAAGUACGGGGCCCAGCACGUCAUCAAGCUCUUCAUCCCCGUGUCGCUGUGCAUGCUGGUCGUUGUUGCUACUGUUGCUUCCGUUACAUUCUACUCAGAGAAGGGCAUCUACUUAUUGUACACGCCGUUCCACGAGACGUCAGACAGCGUUGCGAAGAACGUAAUGGGGGCGUUCGUGAACGCCUUCAUCAUCCUGGCGCUGGUGGUGGUGCUUACCUUCUUCCUCAUCCUGCUCUACAAGUUCCGGUGCUACAAGAUCAUCCACGGGUGGCUCAUCAUCUCUUCGCUGCUGCUGCUCUUCUUCUUCACGCUGCUCUACCUCAUGGAGCUGCUCCGCGGCUACAACAUCGGCUUGGACUGGAUAACCGUGUCCCUCAUCGUCUGGAACUUCGGGGUGAUGGGCAUGGUGUGCAUCCACUGGCAGGGACCGCUGCGCCUGCAGCAGGCGUACCUCAUCUUCGUGGCGUCACUCAUGUCACUCAUGUUCAUCAAGUAUCUUCCUGAGUACACCGUGUGGGUGGUGCUGGCCGUCAUCUCCGUGUGGGGUGAGUACACCGUGUGGGUGGUGCUGGCCGUCAUCUCCGUGUGGGACCUGGUGGCGGUGCUGUGCCCCAAGGGGCCCCUGCGCAUCCUGGUGGAGACGGCGCAGGAGCGCAACGAACCUAUCUUCCCUGCACUCAUCUACUCGUCGAACAUCUUGUACUCCAGCCUGACCAUGGCAGAGUCAUCCACCCCCUCCACCUCCACCACCGACAACGGCGGCAGCCACGACGGCGGCGAGGCUGUGGCCGACCCCCUGCAGCAGGACCACCAUGCCCCUGCUCCUGCUGGGGGCGUGGGCCGCCCCACCAUCAGCACGGCCCCCAGCAGCAGCAGGAGGAGGCGCAGCAGCGAGGCUGAGGCAGGCUUCGGGCCCGAGUGGGAGGCGGGGAGGCAGCAGCGUGAGGCGGCGAGGCAGCGGCGGGUGGCGGAGCAUGGGGAGGCGUCAGCUCCUGACGUGGCAGGAGGUGGCGGGGCACAGCAGCCCCAGGAGGAGGAGGAUGAGGAGGAGCGCGGGGUGAAGCUGGGGCUCGGGGACUUCAUCUUCUACUCGGUGCUGGUGGGGAAAGCUUCCUCCUACGGGGACUGGAACACCACAAUAGCCUGCUUCAUCGCCAUACUCAUUGGGCUGUGCCUCACGCUCAUCAUGCUGGCAAUAUUCAAGAAGGCGCUCCCCGCCCUCCCCAUCUCCAUCACAUUCGGGCUCAUCUUCUACUUCGCGACGUCCUACUUCGUCGUGCCCUUCGCUGAAAACCUCGCCAGCGAGCAGGUCUUCAUCUGAGCUCAACAGCUGCGUCCUUUGUCCGCCUUCUUCGACUGCGUCGGCAUCCUGAAUUUUAUUUUGUGUGUAAAAAUUGCCGAAAACUGGGCAUAUUUUUUCGUCCUCUCCAAAUGUAAAUCAUCUUAUUUCCCUGUGUACCAAAUAAUAUAGUGGUAAGUUAUACUAAGUAACUAACUUAUAAAGCUUAUUAAUUAAUCCUGUUAUCAUUCAGUGGUUGUGUUGACAUGCAUAACGUUAUUUAUGCUUGCCGUUAUUUAUCCAAGACGUGUACCUUCAUGGUUUAUUAAGAGAAUAGUCCUCCUAACGCAGGGAUGUUGGAAAUUGUAGUUUACGUUGCAAUUCUUUAGCGUUGAUCUCGACUAAGGAGCCUUGAAAUCUCGAGUGAAAAUUGAGGCAGUUCAUUGAUCCGCUGUGAUCGCUUUGAUUGCUGUUGUUGCAUCGUAUGAGGAAAAAUGCAGUGAUCUCAAUUUUUAUGUGCUAUAUUUACCAACUAAUUUCCUUCAUUUGUGUAAAAUCGUCAGUCUUCAUGCAUGGAUUCUCUAGUAUUCCUCAUUUGAUGGUCUGAAUUCUUUGAUAUGUUUGAUAGACAUUGACAUUCCAUAAGCCUUUUAAUACUCUGAAUAAUGAUAUCGGAAAUAUGUAAGGUUUUAAAAAGUUUUAUAGCCCAUUUU